AUGACUGCCAUCGUUAGCAUCAGCCGUCUAUUGGAUGCCCUUGUUACCGGAGCCUUUGUCGUGUGUUUAUCGGGACUAUCACUAUACGUGUUAAGCCUCUUCUACAAGUUCGUAGUGGUUACAGAGAGAGCUCGAACUGGAGUCUUCGGCAACUUCUUACAGAACUCUCUACCCUUCAAGCACAACCGUUUCGAAUACAACCUAACCCAUAUAAUCCUGUUUGGUAUCCUCAUCACACUCUUCACUUUAUGCCAUCAUAAGUAUUUGGAUGAACUAGAGAAGAAGGAGAGCAAGGGAGGGAAGUCCAAGGCCAGCCAGAAGCAGUAG